AUGUCGGUACUAAAAACAAACAAAGCUUUAUUAAUUUCUUUAGUCUUGGUCAUCGCAUUGGCCUCGACAAGUAUCACAGCUCAUGGAACUUCUAGUACCAAUCCUCCUCCUCCGCCAUCCGUAUAUGCCACAGACAAAUCAACUCUCGCCCCCGGCAAUAUAGGCCUUGGAUUUGGGCUUACCGCCCUUGCUGCAUUUUGUUCCGCUUUAGGUUCCUUUACACCAUUACUCGAUCUUAUAUUUCCAUAUAUUCCAUGGUUGAAAGAUUUUCGAAUUACACAAUCAAAGGGUUUUCUCGCUGGCUCGUUAUCUUUUUCCGCCGGAAUAUUAUUAUUUCUCACAUUAGGUGAUCUUUACCCUGAGGCGAUAUCAUCAUUUCGGACUUCAAACCUUUUUGAUCCUAAAUACGCUGACAUCAAAAAAGUUGGUGAUGAAAAAAUCGACGAGGAGAACAAAAAUUUACCUACGACAGUUGUAAAAUCCGAUGAUGCUGACAGACUCAGAAGUUUAGGCAUUCAAAUUGCUGUCGCUUUGGCUAUUCACAAAAUCCCAGAAGGCCUUAUCAUUUCUUUACCAAUAUAUUAUGCCACCGGUUCUCGAUUGAAAGCUUUCUUAAUCGCUGCAUCCGUUGGCGUAACUUCACAAAUGUUGGGUGCUAUUUUGGGCUAUGUUAUCUUAAUCACCGUAUGGAACGAAGCUGUCUCUGGAUUUCUUUUUGCUAUCGUCACAGGUGCUCUACUUUAUGUAAUAUUGCACGGAAUGUUGCCAUUGGCACGUAGUUAUGAUCCUCAAGAUAAAUAUUACACUUAUUGUGUGUGUAGUGGUUUGUUCUUCUUUGCAAUUGUCGCGUCUCUUUUUAACCUUUAA